AGUUGGCAUAGGAAGGGGUGGAAGAGAGAUACAAGAGUCCUCUAAAGCGGAAGCCAACAGAGUCUACUUUGGUUGCACAGAAAAUCCAAGAGAACAAACUAAUACUUGAAACCCACAACCCAAAUCACAAAAAUUAAUAAAAACAGAGAGUAAAAAAUUUCAGGCCCCCUUUAUACACAGAAUCACAGAGAGAGAGAGAGAGAGAGAGAGAGUAGAAUUUUAAGUUGAAGAUGUGUACAUAGAGAAAGUGAUUGUUGUUGUUGUUGUGACAUAAAUAAAUCUAAUCAGGAGAUAUCAGCUUGGUGACGAGGAGCAUUUUUAGGCCGUGGUAUUGGUUCUUCUUUCCAGGUUGAACCUGGACGACAUGUUGGAAGACCUGUCUUGUUUGGUUCCGAGGGAUUUUCCAAGAGAAAGCAACUGGGCAGCCUGCAUGAAUUACAGUGUUGAUAGGAUUGAAGUUCAGCGCGGUAAAAGGCCAUUGGAAAAUAAUCAGGAGAAUGAAGUUUUGCAACGCAAGCGAUCUGAUUCUCCCAACGGAGAAGGCGCUCUAGAUGACCAAGCUGGUAAUCAACAUAGUACUGCAGAUAAUUCUGAUUCGAGUUCUCUUAUACCUGUGAUUGGCCGAGACAACUCGAUUAGCUGUCUCAUUCAUUGCUCCAGAUCUGAUUAUGGCGCUAUUGCAUCUUUGAAUACUAGCUUUCGCUCAUUAAUUACGAGUGGGGAGCUUUACAGAUUGCGCCGGCAAAAUGAUGUGGUUGAGCAUUGGGUUUAUUUUUCUUGCCAGCUACUUGAAUGGGAAGCUUUUGACCCCACUCGUUCCCGUUGGAUGCAUCUACCAUCAAUGGAUCCCAAUGAAUGCUUUGUGUUCUCAGAUAAGGAGUCUUUGGCAGUUGGCACAGAGCUGCUCGUGUUUGGAAAGGAGAUUUUGUCACAUGUCAUUUAUCGUUACAGUAUACUGACAAACACUUGGUCAUCUGGAAUGCAAAUGAAUGCACCGAGGUGUUUGUUUGGCUCUGCCAGCCUCGGGGAGAUCGCCAUCCUAGCUGGCGGUUGUGACUCACGGGGCAGAAUCCUAAGCUCAGCGGAACUUUACAAUUCAGAGAAGGGAACGUGGAAGACUUUACCAAGCAUGAAUAAGCCGCGUAAGAUGUGUUCUGCGGUAUUCAUGGACAAAAUAUUUUAUGUAAUUGGAGGCAUUGGAGGAACUGAGUCAAUUUCACGAUUGAAUUGUGGAGAGGAAUACGAUAUGGAAACAGAAAAAUGGACUGAAAUCCCGAGCAUGUCUCCUGUCCGAGCUGAUGCAGAUACGCCUGCUGCAUCUGAAGCACCUCCUUUGGUGGCAGUUGUAAAUAAUGAUUUGUAUGCUGCUGAUUAUGCCGACAUGGCGGUGAGGAAGUACGACAAGCAAAAUAAAGCAUGGGUUAGCAUAGGAAGAUUGCCUGAAAGAGCAGCUUCCAUGAAUGGUUGGGGUUUGGCUUUUAGAGCUUGUGGUGAUAAGCUCAUUGUAAUCGGAGGGCCUAGAGCCAUGGGCGAAGGUCAUAUCGAAGUGAAUGCAUGGGUUCCAAGUGAAGGACCACCAAAGUGGAACUUGCUUGGACGAAAGGUCAUAUCUAGUAGCUUUGUGUAUAAUUGUGCUGUCAUGGGUUGCUGAAUUUCCAACCCCAUGUGUACUGUAGCAGCGAUUUUUGCUAAUAGAUACAGAAUUGUUUUCGGGGGCAACAAGAUUCUUGCCAACUAGUAACCUUUUCUCUUUCAAAAUCUUCUUUGUUUUAUCAUUUCAUAGUGGAGGAUUAUCAAACAAUACCCAAUAUUCAAUAGAAUUAUGUUCUUUAGAA